AUGUUUCAUGGAACAAUUACAGAAGAACUAACUAGUCACAAAGAAUGGAGUCACUAUAAUGAAAACAUCAUAAAAGACCAGAAAGAUUUUGUUUUUGUGAAGUUCAAUGGCCUUCAUUUAAAAUCUAUCGAAAAUUUGCAAUCAUGUAUCUCUCUUAGAGUAUGCAUCUUCUCAAACAAUUUUAUUACAGAUAUUCAUCCACUUCAAAGUUGUACGAAAUUAAUCAAACUUGAUCUCCAUGGAAAUCAGAUAAAAAGUCUGCCAGAUACCAAAUUUUGGAGUGGAUUGAAGAACCUAAAACUCCUCUAUCUUCAUGACAAUGGGUUUGCAAAGUUAAAAAAUGUGUGUGUAUUGUCUGCCUGUCCAAACCUUAUUGCCCUCACUAUGUUUGAUUGUCCAGUAAGCCUUAAAAAAGGAUAUAGACAUGUUGUUGUUAACAGUGUAUGGUCUCUCAAAGCACUGGAUCAUCAUGUGAUUUCUGAUGAAGAAAUAAUUCAGAACUGGCAACUUCCUGAAAGAUUCAAAACAUGUAGCUACCGGCUUUUGUUUAAUUUUUGUCCAGCUUUGAAAAAGGUAAUUGGCUUUAUUAGAGUUUCAUUUAAGGAAUUUUAG